CAGCAGCAUGAAGCUUUAACGUUAACUCGUUGGCGUUAAUGCUGUCUAAAUAUAUUGGGAUGGAGCAGCAGAUAGCAGCCACAGAGAUGGCUCUAGUUCAUCACAACACAUCUGUCUAACUUGUACGCCUGUGAAAGGGAAAUCAUGUCUUGCAAAGCCGCAACCAAGGACAAGAAGUCGAGCUUCAGCAAGAAGCUGUUCAGGCGAGGCUCCGUGCGCUCCGUGGGCAGUUUCAUGAGCAGAGUCCUGAGGACACUGACAGCCUUAUCACACUUUGGAUCUGAAGUACAAACAGAAGAUGAUAAAGAUGAUGGAGGAUUCUCUACUUUUAAAUCUGGAAGUAAAGAUGUACCCAUGGAUGAUGGGGACAUGGGGGGUUUUCUGUCUGGAGAGAGAGUUCCUGGAGUGUCAGGUCUCAAAAACCACGGGAAUACCUGCUUCAUGAAUGCAAUUCUGCAGUGCCUCAGCAACACUGAACUCUUUGCUGAGUACCUCGUUCUGGAGCACUAUAAAGACGAGGAGCUGGAUGAGGACAAACCGAAGACAAAUGGCGUACUUCUGCAGAAGAAAGGUCCUCUGGCCAAAGGAGAAGUUACGGAGCAACUGUCAGGACUUGUGCGGGCUUUAUGGACGUUUGAAUACACCCCCCAGCAUAGCAGAGACUUCAAGAAUGCUGUGUCAAAAAAUGCCACGCAGUUUAAAGGGAACGCUCAGCACGAUGCUCAAGAGUUUCUGCUGUGGCUGCUGGACAGAGUCCACGAGGACCUCAACACAGUCAACCCCAACAGCAGGCCUCCUAUAAAGCCCCCCAUCGAAGAAGAUGACCAAAGCCUAGAAGGGCCUUCUCCUCCACUCUCCGCUGGGUCAUUCGUACAAGAACUGUUUCAGGCCCAGUACAGGUCUUCUCUCACUUGCCCGCAUUGCCAAAAGCAGAGCAAUACGUUUGAUCCCUUCCUCUGCAUCUCCUUACCCAUCCCACUACCACACACACGGCCCCUGUAUGUGACAGUGGUGUACCAGGGCAAGUACUCUCACUGUAUGAGGAUUGGAGUUGCUGUUCCUCUCAACAGCACUGUCUAUCGCCUCAGAGAUGCUGUGUCACGUGAGACCAAGAUCCCAAUGGACCAGUUUGUUUUGACUGAAAUGUACUAUGAUGGUUUUCAUCGUUCAUUUUGUGAUGAUGACGAUGAUCUCGACAUCAUUCAAGAGAGCGACUCCAUCUUUGCCUUUGAGACACCAGAGACCUUCAAACUGGAAAACAUACGCACAAAAAGAGGAAGUCUUCUUGCAAAUCUGAAUCAUAACAACUUGAAGUAUGGGACAGAAAUCGGUAGGACUCCUUCGUUCAUGCAGGGGGCCAUGACUCCUGUAACUGCAUCGCCCAAUAAAAACCUGGGUCCGGAAAAAAUUAUCCUUUUGGUGUGUAACAGAGCUUGUACUGGCCACCAAGGAAAGAGGUUCGGCCUGCCUUUUGUACUGUACAUGGAGCGCACUGUGACCUGGGAUGCUCUACAAAAAGAGAUCUUGGAGAAAAUGCGUCAUCUUUUGAGACCCGGGGUCUACAUUCAGGUGGGACCUUUCAGUCUUCGGGUGGUUGGCGUUGUUGGUAUAACCUACCUCCUUCCCCAAGAUGAGCGACCUCUGUGUCACCCAACUGUGGAAAGAGCAUACAAGUCCUGUGGACAAGGUGGACCACCACAUGUGAAGAUAGUGGUAGAGUGGGACAAAGAGACCAAGGACUAUCUGUUUGGGCACACCGAGGAGGAGUACAUUCCUGAUGCUGAGAGCGUGUAUCUGCACAGAGAACAUCAUCAUCAGCCGCAGGCCUGCACGCUUGCACAGUGCUUUCAGCUCUACACAAAGGAGGAGCAGCUGGCCCCAGACGAUGCCUGGCGCUGUCCCCACUGCAAGCAGCUGCAGCAGGGCCGCAUUAAGCUCAGCCUGUGGACAUUGCCGGAUGUGCUCAUACUGCAUCUCAAGAGGUUCAGACAGGAGGGGGACCGGAGGGUCAAGAUGCAGAACAUGGUGAGGUUCCCAUUGAUGGGCAUGGACAUGGCACCUCAUGUGGUUAAGAGGAGUCAGAGCAGCUGGAGUUUACCUUCCCAUUGGUCGCCGUGGAGAAGACCCUAUGGCCUGGGAAGAAACCCUGAUGACUACCUGUACGACCUGUACGCUGUGUGCAACCACCACGGGAAUAUGCACGGAGGCCACUACACUGCUUACUGCAAGAACUCCAUUGAUGGUCAGUGGUACUGCUUUGAUGACAGUGAGGUUUCACCAAUAGCUGACGAUGACGUGUGUCAGCAGACAGCCUAUAUACUCUUCUACCAGAGGAGGACCGCUAUUCCCUCCUGGUCGGCCAAUAGCUCUGUUGCUGGUUCAACCAGUUCAUCCCUGUGUGACCACUGGAUCAACAGGUUACCAGGUAGCAGGCCUGCUAGCUUGGCCUCCGGAGCCUCGUCCAGACGCACCUCUCUGGCUUCACUGGCUGAGUCAGUAGAGUUUCCAGUCGAACGCAGUGAGGAUGACGGAGGAUUCUCCGUCCGCCCUUUUGUGAGGAGCAUUCAGCGUCAGAGCUUGUCCUCCAGGUCGUCCAUCGCUAGUCCUUUAGCGUUCAGCGACAGUGGGAUGAAGCCGUCUUGGUCUCUCUCUGCGAAGCUGCAUAUGAGGUCCAACUCACCCUCGCGUUUCUCCCUCGACUCUCGAUGUUCCCCUCCUCUAGAGAGGAUAGGAGAAGCCUGCGAUGACAAGGUUUCCACGUCCUGUUUUGGCAGCUACAGUAGACAUGAACGCUACUUUGGCAGCAGGACUCCCUCGUCUAUGAUGGAGAGCAGCUACAGUGACCAUGACAACAAUAAAAGGUUCCUAGACAUGAUGUACUGCAGGGCUCCCACUCCAGUGGAAAAGAAGAGCACCAAAAACGAGCCAACUGAAAACAACAACCAGAUUACAGCUAUAGACCAAAACAUACUACCUGCCCAAGCAACUCCCUCUAAAGAGCAGAAACGUAAGAGCAGCAUUGGAGGAUUUGGCUCAAAGGCAGAAAGCACAGGCUCCACAAAGGGCUCCAGCAAAGUGGAGCAAGAGAAAACUUCCAAAAAACGUUUGUGCUCAACCUAUAAGACUUCAGCUUCUGAGACGUCUUCCAGUACACCUGUGAAAGGCAAGAAGGUGAGCAAUACUAAAGAAAAGAGUGUAAAUGCCAAGAAAAGCACCUCAACACCAAGUGGGACUCCCUCCAAAACAAAGGAAGCAACUCAGCCUCUAGAGGCGACGCCACAACACAAGCCUUGUGUCCGCUCCACACCUCAGUCCUCAGCGUCUCCCUCACCAACUGCAAAGAAAAGUUCCAGUGUCACAGAGAAAGGCGCCACGAGUACUCGCAAACGUCUGGUCGAAAGGAGCUACAGCAGAGAUUCUAUGCACACUAGCCCUCUGGUCGACAAUCUCCGAGGCAGCUUGGUAGGUCGCUCUUCACUCUCAAAGAGUGGGGAGACGAACAGGCUUGAAAAGAGAUCUGUGAGGAGCUCCAGCAGCAGCUCUUCCGUCACUAGCUUGCGCUCACCAAGUGUAACCACCAGAGACCUGCAGCGCGGCAGCAAAUCUGAGGAAAAAGGGUUGUCUUUCUUCAAGAGUGCCCUUCGACAAAGGGAAAGCCGCCGGUCGGCUGAUUUAGGAAAAAGCACCUUGCUUGCCAAAAAGGCGUCAGAGAGGACGUGCAAGCAAAAUGGACAAGCCAAGGAGAUCGCUGGUGACGCCGUGUCCUCACAGACAUCUAUAGAGACUCAUGGAGGUGAGACAAAGUCGGAGACAAAGGAGUCUUCCAAGCCCCCCAGCUCUCUCAGUCGCACUCUGUUGAACGUAGGCAAGUCCAAGUCUUCCACUUCUGAAGUAAGUCACAAGUCUCCCGCAAACGGGAAGAAGCCACUUGAAAGGAUGGCAUCUUCCCGAAAACUGUCGUCAAGCAUGCAAUCUCCUGCACGUACAACACAGAGGCCUCAAUGAUAUAUCAAUAGUAGUUAUAUUGAACUUACAUAUUGCAGCUAUUUUCUUUGUGCCUAAGUUUCAGUGAGCCCCAUAUGUGUUUGUAAAGAGACACAUUUUUUGGUGUUAUGGUUUUGUACACUUGCAUUAGAAGUAUGUGGCUUUGGGUUUUUGAAUAUUGGCAGCCAGCUCUGAGUUUUUAUUUAUUUAUUUUUUUAUCUGUACUGGAUAAAAAGUAAAGUACUGUACUCCAU